AUGACGUGGCCUGACCCGCCCCUCCCCGACUCUCUCUGCAGCCAGAUUUACUGCCACGGGGAGCUCCUGCACCAGGUGCAGAUGGCCAAGCUCUACCAGGACGACAAGCAGUUCGUGGACAUGCCGCUGUCCUCCGCUCCAGACCAGGUCCUGCAGCACUUCCGCACGCUGGCCAGCGCCCACAACCACAGCGUCCCCAGGCCGCAGCUGCAGGCCUUCCUCCAAGAGCACUUCCAGGCCGCGGGGCAGGAGCUGCAGCCCUGGGUCCCUGAGGACUGGAAAGACAGCCCCCGAUUCCUAGAGAAGAUCGCGGACUCCAAGCUGCGCCCCUGGGCCGGGCAGCUGCACCAGCUCUGGAAGAAGCUGGGAAAGAAGGUGAGGCCAGAGGUCCUCAGCCAGCCCGAGCGCUUCUCUCUGAUCUACUCGCAACACCCUUUCAUCGUGCCCGGCGGGCGCUUCCGCGAGUUCUACUACUGGGACUCCUACUGGGUGAUGGAGGGGCUGCUCCUGUCGGAGAUGGCGGGGACGGUGCGGGGCAUGCUGCAGAACUUCCUGGACCUGGUGCAGACCUACGGGCACGUUCCCAACGGGGCCCGCGUGUACUACCUGCAGCGCAGCCAGCCGCCGCUCCUGACGCUCAUGAUGGCCCGCUAUGUGGCUCACACCAACGACACCGCCUUCCUCCGGGACAACAUCGGGACCCUGGCCUUGGAGUUGGACUUCUGGGCUGAGAAGAGGAAUGUUUCUGUGAGCUUGGGGGGGAAGAGCUACGUCCUGAAUCGCUACCACGUCCCUUACGGGGGACCAGGGAGGGCUGGGGGCUGGGGCCUGGGGGCCUGCCGCUGGGUCAGGCCCGUCCUCUGUCCUCUGUCCCCCCUCACAGCGGCCCGGGAGGCUCUGUGGGCUGAGCUCAAGGCGGGGGCGGAGUCUGGCUGGGACUUCUCUUCACGCUGGCUCAUCGGGAGCCCGGACCCCAGCUCGCUCAGCAGCAUCCGGACCAGCAAGCUGGUGCCUGUGGACCUCAACGCCUUCCUGUGCCAGGCGGAGGGGCUGAUGAGCAGCUUCCACGCCAGCCUGGGGAAUGAGGCUGAAGCCACAAAGUACAGAAACCUGCGGGCCCGGCGCCUGGCCGCCCUGGAGGCCGUCCUGUGGGACCAGGAGAAAGGGGCCUGGUUUGACUAUGACCUCGAACAUGGAAAGAAGAACCACGAGUUUUACCCGACCAACCUGGCUCCUCUCUGGGCCGGCUGCUUCUCUGACCCCACCAUGGCGGACCAGGCCCUCAAGUACCUGGAGGACAGCCAGAUCCUUACCUACCAGCACGGAGUCCCGACCUCGCUCCGGAAGACGGGCCAGCAGUGGGACUACCCCAACGCCUGGGCUCCCCUGCAGGACCUGGUCAUCAGAGGUCUGGCCAGGUCUCCUUCACCCAGGACCCAGGAGGUGGCUUUCCAGCUGGCGCAGAAUUGGAUCCAAACCAACUUCCGUGUCUACUCCCAGACGUCAGCCAUGUACGAGAAGUAUGACAUCAGCAGCGGUGGACAGCCAGGUGGCGGAGGGGAGUAUGAAGUCCAGGAGGGGUUCGGCUGGACCAAUGGCGUGGUCUUGAUGCUCCUGGACCACUACGGCGACCGGCUGAGCUCUGCGGCCCAGACAGCUUUCCUGGAGCCCCUCUGCCUCGCAGCUGCCCUUCUGCUCAGCCUCCUGCUGCGGUGACGGCCCUGCCCCGUCGGCCUCAGCUCCUCCUCCGGCUCUAGCUCCCGCCUCAUUAAACGUGUGCAGGCGUCCCUG